AUGACAUCUCAAUCGUAUACCAAGGCCCCCCACCCCACCGCCAACCUUGUCAACACUCUGGUCUGUGACCGAUACCUACUCGUCGAGACUCUCGGCUCCGGCGCCUUUGCCACAGUCUACCGCGGUGUCGACACGCACUGCAAACAGCGCACACAAUACGCCAUCAAGUGUAUGAUACAGGGCGCUCGCGGCUCGAGCAGGCAGCGUCGACAAAUCCGCGAAGUCUCCGUUCACCGCAAGGUCUCCUCCCAUCCCAAUAUCGCGACGAUUCACAACGCCAUCUUGCAGGAAGUGGACGGCGCGGAGGGCCUGAUCUUCAUCGUCUUGGAGCUUUGUGAGAAAGGGGACUUGUGCGACGCAAUCGUGAAGAGGGGCAUAUUCUGGCGCAAUGAUGCGCUGGUGAAGAAUGUGUUCUUGCAGAUUAUCGAUGCCUUGAUGAAAUGCCACUCGAAGGGUGUUUACCACAUGGACUUGAAACCGGAGAACAUCCUCAUCUCGUCCGAGGAUAGCGCAUCCUGCCAAAUCCGUCUUGCUGAUUUUGGUCUUGCUACCACGCACAAGACCAACAAAAAGAACUUCGUCGGGAGCCCUUCGUAUAUGUCGCCUGAAUGCAUUGGCGAAGACACCCUCGACAACCCCUAUGCCAGCGCACCCAGCGACAUCUGGUCAUUAGGCAUCAUCCUUAUAAACAUGUGCAGUGGCCAUUUCCCUUGGGCGCUUGCCAUCCGCUCCGAUGCAUCGUUCGGAGCAUACCUCAACGUCCGCAGCUUCCUCCGCCGCACCACCCCCAUCUCACACGAAUGCCAAACACUCCUCCGUCAGAUCCUCCACCCCGACCCGGAACAACGCAUCACACUCAAGAGAUUGAGGGAGAAAAUUAUAUCGAUCGAGACUUUCUUCAUGUCGGAGGACGACAUCGCUGGUGCGACGGACCAUGUGCGGGAGGUGGUAGCAGACAUCCAGAGGCUUCGCGAUCCCGCGCCUUCAACCUCCGAAACCACCUCGUCCGUAACACUCUCAGUGGAGGAAGAGGUGCAGAGCGAAUACAGUGUCUGCGCGUGUCCUUCGGCGCCUUUCCCUUCCGUGGACGGCAGCGAGUCGGAAUCACUCCCCGCGUCCGAAUCUGACGAAAGUAUAUCAUCUUCGUCUUCAUCGGCGUCCAUACAGGAGGCGGUCACACCCAUCAUGAACCCUACGGAACCGGAACUGGAGGUUGUGGAGAUGAUGGCUGAUAUGGAACUUGGUGAACCUGUCAUGUUCGACAUGGCCACGCCUAAGCAGGGGGAGUUCGGAGGGUGGGAGAAGCAGCAGCCUACGCAGUGGGAGAGCUUCGUCAACGAGAACGCAGAGAUUUUCAGGUUGAUCCGGUAG